GGCCCCCAAGAGGGCUUCAAGACAGCCCAAGACUGCCCCAAGACGACCCGUAGCCAUUUUGGAUCAAGCCUCUUUGGCACAAGUCUUUUCUAAUCUUUCCGCAUCCUAUCUGUCUCUGCUGAUCUCCUUGCCAUGGCGUACUACCGCUCGGGAGGCGCCUGGGGCGGCUCGGGAAUGGGCUACGGCGCUGGCUACGGCGCUGGGUAUGGGGCCGGCUAUGGCGCAGGCUACGGCGGCGGUGCCGACUGUGGAACGGCCUGCUGCGCUGGGACGACCGCCGCCAUGGGCUGCGGUCCCGCCUGCGGCGCGGGGUGUGCCGAGGCGACGGGCUGCGGCAGCGGCGUGGGGGGCGGCGUGGGCGGCGGCAGCGGCUGCGGCACGGGAGGUGGCACGAUCCUGAGCUACGUGGGCCCUGGAGGCGACUACGCGCAGGAGACAACGUACAGGUACGUGGGGGCGGGCGCGGGCGAGUUCGGGGUGCUUCGCAUUCCCGGCCGCGGCCCCAACUGCUGCCUGUUCCUCCUCAUCCCGGGGCUGCUGUCCCUGCUGCUGCUCCCGCUGCUCUUGUUCUCGCUCGCCCCAGGGAGCACCACGACGACAACGACGACGACGACUACCACGCCGUUCAUUCCGACAACCACACCGCCUCCCGAGACCACGCCAGCCACGACCAAGAAGACGACGACACAGGCGCCUCCCCCGCCACCUCCGCCGCCCCCGCCACCCCCGCCGCCGCCUCCGCCCCCGCCCCCUCCGCCGCCGCCCACGACCACCGAGAAAAAAAUCAACUGCGGCGAAGGUGCUCCAGAGUCGUGGGACCAGGCGAAGAAGGUGCAGUGCUGCCUCAUGGAGAACAAGGGGUGCCCGACCACAUCCACAUCUCCCUGCCCCAUCGAUUGCAACGCAGGAUACAACGACCUCGACCCGCUGCAGUGGGUGCGCGGCUGGUCUGGCGAGAAGAAGCUGUACUGCUGCAAGACGGCCCAAAGGGGGUGCCCCUCGGAGUUGCCGCCCCCCUCCGGCUUGCCGCCUUCGGGCCUGCCUCCUGCCCCGGACAACAACGUCUACGAUUGCGAUGCAGGCUACCACCAUUGCAUGCACUGCCUGGCGCUGUCGUGGUCCCCCGAGAAGAUCAAGUACUGUUGCACCAACUUCCACAAGGGGUGCAAGGGCGAGGAGCCAGAGUAGAGAGAGGUUCAAGAGCGGGCCUCGCCGGGGCGGCCAGGCGAUAUAGCAAGGAGCAGGCACAUCAUGGGGAGCAGUGUAAAUAAUGUGCAGGUUUACAGCCAUCAAUUGGUUUCCUGCCGGCUCCGCCCCACUCUUUCGGGCGCCGCGGGCGGUACCUUUGUGUGACAGCGCGGCAAGGCAAAGUUACCUGCAUACGCUGCGCAGCCUGGGUAUCACCGCACGCGGCCCUGCAUCUGCGCGCAAGAGAGAACAGCGUGUGCGUCUUUCGUGUGAUGCCCGCCGAAGAGAAAA